AUGUCACUCUCUGCUAGGAUAUCCAUCAUGCUUCUUGCAGGCAUUGGGGGGCUUGCAGCUUCUUCAGAUUUGCUCGGUACCGGGAACGUACUUCGUGACACUCCUGCUUGUGCGCAGAUCGCCGCUUCCAUCUCUUCGGAAUCAGCAGUUUAUUACAAUGUCAAGUCUCCGCUUGCAUCCUUCGAACCUGGCACCACCGAGGACCUCUCUAAAGCGGUUCGUGUUGCUGAAAGACAGCCGUUUGCAGUCAAAAGCGGUGGUCACGCGACCAACCCAGGCUUUUCGUCGACCACAGGCGUUCAGAUCGCGAUGUAUCUAUUCUCAGACAUCACGUAUGACUCGGAUUCCCAGACAGCAAAAGUUGGCACUGGGGGGAAAGUCACUGGCGUCGGAGUUGGCGGCGUCGUACUUGGUGGAGGAUUUUCGUAUCUGACAAACCAGCAUGGGCUUGCAAUCGACAACGUGGUAUCAUACGAGCUUAUUUUGCCUAAUGGCACGGUGACUACAGUCACCAGCUCCAGCAACCCAGAUUUGUACUUCGGCUUGCGGAUCGUCAAUAUUUCAAAUUCUCAUGCCACUGUGAAGGGAGGUUUUAAUAACUUUGGAAUUGUUACCUAUUUCACUCUCAAGACAUAUCCACAAUCACAAAUUUGGGGUGGAAGUCUCGUAUACACUGAAGAUCAAGUUGGAGCAAUAAACGCAGCCGUCGCCAACUUCACUGUGAACGUUUUAGACCCCAAGGCAUCAAUAUAUUCCACAUAUAACUAUGUCAAUGGAUCGUCAAUCCUGUCGAGCGCGUUGUUCUAUGAUGCACCCACUCCCCCAGAUGGUAUGUUCGAUGACUUCUCGGCGAUUCCAAACAUCGAGGAAACCCUUUCUACCCGGACCUUUGCAUCCAUGGUCGAUGUUGAGCCGGUGAAUGACACAAUUGGCCUUAGAGCGGUGUUCAAUUCCAUAGCCGUCGAGGAGUGGACAGUACCCUUGUUGGACGCCGUUGCUAAUGAGACCCUCUUCUACGGCAGCAAGCUGACAAAUACCAGUAGUUUGGCUCAGGUCACUUACAACGUGAGGCCCUACCUUGAAUCGAUCUUCAGCCACUCCGAUAUACCAUCUGCGUAUCCGGUUUCACGUAAACGAGGCUACUCAUACUUGGAGUUCUUCUAUGCAUGGGUAGAUCCAAACGACGACGACCUCUUCUAUGGCAUCGUCACUACCAGUUCCAACUAUAUGACGUCACUAGCGGUCGCUGCAGGGCAGAACAUUGAAAAUGUGGUUUCGUAUCCCAAUAAUGCAGAUCCUUCCACAAGCUUGGAGAAAAUGUACGGGUCGAAUCUCCCGCGUUUACGGCGCAUCAAGAAGGCUGUUGAUCCAGAAAAUGUGAUGGGACUCUGUGGAGGGUGGAAGUUCUAG